AUGCUUCGGGUUCUUCUGGGAUGCUUUGAAAUUGCAGUAGCGCCUGCAUUGAUAUUGAUUACCUCCAUGUGGUACAAGAGAGACGAACAACCGAAGCGCAUAGGCUUCUGGUACCUAGGCACAGGCACCGCUACCAUAGUGGGCGCCCUCGUCGCAUACGGGCUCCUCUUCUACACAGACAAUGAGUUCUAUUCCUGGCUAAUUAUGUUUUUGAUUUUUGGGCUUCUCACGAUCGCUGUCGGCGUCACUGUUAUUUUUAUCUUCCCGGAUAAUCCUAUGGCUUCCACGUUAAGUCAUGAGGAGAAGAUGAUGACAAUCAAGCGUCUUCGCGAAAAUCGGACGGACCCACAAGCCUACCUGCUUACUGUAAUCGUUGCCUCCAGCAGCACCAGUAAUGCGGCAAUCAGCAGCUUCUCCGCCUUGAUCAUCAAGAACUUCGGGUUCAAAACAAAAGAGACCGAGUUACUAACAAUCCCUAGAGGUUUAGUCAGCGUGGUCAGCAUAUUACUCGGUACAUACUUGGCCGGACGUGUCGACAAGCGGUGUUUCUGUGUCAUCGGGAUCUUAUGCUGCGGUCUCCUGGGAGGUUGUCUCAUGGCAUUUGCCCCGAGUGACAACAAAGGCGCCAAGCUGACAGGGAGCUACCUGACAAACUGUGUCGGGUCUGCUCUCCCCUUAAUGUACUCGAUUGCGGGUGCCAACGUGGCCGGUCAUACCAAGAAAGUGACUAUGAAUGCCGUGGUUCUGAUGUCGUUCUGUCUCGGUAACAUUCUAGGUCCGCUGUCAUUCCGCACCAAGGAUGAACCGGAAUACAUGCCAGCCAAGACUGCGAUUGUGGCAACCGUCUCUGUCGCGAUUGUUUUCACUGUAGCUCUGAAAGGGUACUAUAUGUGGGAGAAUCGGCGACGGGACAGCAAGUGCCAGGGUUUGCAGCAUCAGGAGAAUUCCGAGUUCCUAGAUCUUACAGACAAGGAAAAUCUGGGGUUGAGAUACAAGCAUUGA